CCUGGAAAAACUCAGCAGGUCUGGCAGCAUCGGUGGAGAAGAAAAGAGUUGACGUUUCGAGUCCUCAUGACCCUUCGACAGAACUUGUCUUCACACAGAGUUGUUGCAACAUGGAAUGCUUUGCCACAGAAAGUACUUGAAACAAAGGCCAUUGCAUCUUUCAGAGGAAAAUUGGAUAAGUAUUUGAAGCAGAGGAAGAUACAAGGCUAUGGAGAGAGAACUAAGCAGUGGGAUUUAUUUUGGAUUGUUGUAGCAAUGAGCCGGCACAGAAACGAUGGCCAGGAUAGCUGCCUUCUAUCCUGCGGAGCUAGGCUGUGUGUUGUGGCUCCUCCCAUCCCUGGGGAAAGCCAAAGAAAACUUGGACAGAUAAAAUAAAAUAAAGAAGAUCCUAGAGAGUGAAAGACAACAAGUGAAGUGAGGAUCUACUGAACAUGAGUGAUGACAAACCUUUUGUUUGUACCGCUCCUGGAUGCGGCCAGCGCUUCACGAAUGAGGAUCACUUGGCUGUUCACAAGCACAAACAUGAGAUGACAUUAAAGUUUGGUCCAGCACGUAAUGACAGUGUCAUAGUGGCUGACCAAACUCCAACUCCAACUCGUUUCCUUAAGAAUUGUGAAGAGGUAGGAUUAUUUAAUGAGCUGGCAAGUCCAUUUGAAAAUGAAUUUAAGAAGGCUUCAGAAGAUGACAUCAAAAAGAUGCCCUUGGACAUGUCACCACUUGCAUUACCAGCAGUUAGGACUAAAGUGGAGGAUAUGCCGAUUGUAGGAACAACUCAUCAGAAUAGUCCCUUGCCUCACCCAGAGUCAACCACCAAUGAUGAAAAGGAUGCCCCAUUACAACAGACAACACAAACUGUAUCAACUAUUCGUCCAGCAUCAUUGCAAGUCCCUAAUGUGCUACUUGCAAAUUCAGAAACUGGUGUUGUCAUACAACAGGCUUUGCCGUCUCCAACCUCUACUUCUGUCAUCACACAGACCCCACCAACAAACAGAAACAUAGUACCAGUAUCUGGUUCAGUUCCUCUCUUAUUACAGCUACCUAAUGGACAGACCAUGCCUGUCACUAUUCCUGCUUCAAUCACAACCCCAUCUGUCCGUAUUCAUACAACAGUUCCUAUAAUCAGACCUGUCACCAUGGUGCCUAAUAUCCCUGGAAUUCCAGGUCCUCCAGUCAGCAACAUUGAACCUCCCUCCCCACAACCUCUGCAGUCAGAAGCCAAACUGCGACUGAAGGCAGCUUUAACACAACAGCUCCCUCAGGUUACUAAUGGUAAUAAUACCAUUGGUCAAACAAGUGGUACAGUGAGGAUUCAGACAAAGGAAACUCAUCCACAAUCGCUGCAGCAGGCUGCAACUUCCACUACUCAACCAAUGGGCUCCCCAGGCCAGCCUACACAACAGAUUCAGAGCAGUGGUGGUAGAAGGAGGCGAGCAAUGAAUGAAGACCCAGAUGAAAAGAGACGGAAGUUUUUAGAGCGUAACCGAGCAGCUGCUUCAAGAUGUAGACAGAAGAGAAAAGUAUGGGUGCAGUCUCUUGAAAAAAAGGCAGAGGACCUCAGUUCAACAAAUGUGCAACUACAGAAUGAAGUCACCCUGCUGAGAAAUGAAGUGGCUCAGCUGAAGCAGCUACUUCUGGCUCAUAAAGAUUGCCCUGUAACAGCCAUGCAGAAGAAAUCUGGCUAUCACAAUGCAGAAAAGGAUGAGAGUUCUAUAGACAGUCCGCUACCUAGCAGCCCCCAAACCCAAGUCAUCCAACACAGUUCCAUCAGCACCUCAAAUGGUAUAAGUUCAACAGCAAUGGCAGAAGCUGUUGCUACUUCAGUCCUCACCCAGAUGGCAGACCAGAGUUCAGAGAUGAACCUACCCGUCCAAUCUCAUAUUACCAUUGCUCCUUCGUCUCAGUCUCAACCUUCAGGAAGUUGAUUAGAUAAUAUUUGCAUUACGUAAAUCCACAGAUAUUGUCUCAACAGUGACUGUAAAAUGGAAAUUUGGGAACUAGGAGGGCAAAUCUCCGAAAACAAAUUCUAUACUCCAAGUUUAGUUGCUUUUAUUAGUUGUAUUUCAGAUGUGGCAACAGCAGUGUAAGCAAAGUGAACACUUAACUUCAGCCUUGAAAGCAGAUCUUUUACUCAUUGUUCUCUGGUCCACAAUGCAUUUGGCAUUUUCUAUUUUCUAUAACUAAAACAAUAUUUAAGUGUUUUUUUCUGUCUGUCUUUAUGGCUGUGUGGUAGGGGACAAAAGAGUUUUUGUGAACAGUGGCAUGACUUUAAAAGGUCACUCUCCUGAGACUGUGAAAGAACUAUCAAACUUUAUUGAUACCAAAGCUCCACAUGGGCUAACUUGACCUGCACUACUGUUCACCUGGUCAUGAACUGCUAUCCAAAGGUCCAAGAAAAACCCAGCCUCCAAUCUAACAGGCAGGCGUAACAUUGGAGCAAGUGAAAUUUCCAGUGCUUCUCUUCAAACAGAUAUUUUAAAUUCUAAAAUAAGAUGCUAACAAAAACAUAUUAAUUGGUUCAACAAAAUCUAUUACCCAUCUAAAUGAGUAAUUAGUACUUUAUAAAUUCUUGGACCCUGAGCUGGCCGUGAAAGAGAUUUUGUUUUCAGACCCAACAAUGAAUUUAUUCUCUUUGCCUUUUCUAAUUUGCACAUUGUGAUGGAAAUGAAAGAUUGAAAGAAUGUUCAUUAUUGUUAGUAAUUUUGUUUAAUUAGUUUUUUAUGUCAUUUUUUUAAUAAGGUGUAGUCAAUACAUUAAGUCAUUUUUUUUAUCUUUUGCCUGAAAAGCUCAGCAACUAUGUUGGGUGUCAUGAUGAAUGAUGCAUAUAUUGGUGGUCUAUAGUUCAGACCAACAGUUCUGUGAAUGUUGCCUUUAAAUGUCACACUGACUUUUGGUGGAAUCCUAUUUAAAAUGAUUGUGUAUACAAAUAACGAAUAUUGAUGAUUAACAUUCCAUGUGCAGUUUGAUUGUUACUGAUGAGAUUGAUUGUAUAUUACCUUUCUUCUCAUCAAAACUUCUGUGAUAUAAUUGAUUUUCCUAAAUGUGCCAUCAACACUGUAGUGACUUCUUGGUCAUACUCAGAGAUAUAGUUUGAAACCAGAGAGCAGAAAAAACUACUAGAAUCUUAUGCAGUGACAUUGACAACACUGAUAUAAAGAAAAUAAAAAGUGGAAGAACCACGUAUUCGGACAACAGAUUACCAGUAGUUCAAAGAUGUCUUGAUAUGUGUAAAUAUGUUUAUUGAUAUGUGCACAUUGUGCUGCCACAAGGAGUUGCGUGUAGCAAAAUUAACAGGACAUGGAAUGUAAUUUCUCCAGUACAGCUUUACAGGUCUUCUAGUUUAUAAUUGUGUAAUUUGCCAGAUUAGAAAGUAGGAACUGAGAUGGGCUGUUUGAUAGAAUUGUUUGGGACCUUUGAAGGAAACUUCUCAGCAUAUAGUGGUAGAUUAAUACUUUGUGAUAGAUAUCAGUUACACUAUUCAACAGAAUCAAUUUCAUAAUCCUCGUUUUACAGACUGUAUCUGUAGACAAAAAUUGUGUCUUUAUCUUCCUGAUUGCAAGCUUCCAUUUCUACAGAGGUAGCUUGAGGUGUACUCUUCCUCUUUGUGCAAUUUGCAUGAGUAAGUUCUCUGAGAGAAUAAAUAAUUUAUCUAAGAAGAACAUGUCAAUAAACUGUUUUUAAGUGCU